CCGAGACCGCAACACUACCGCAGUCCCUGAGACACGGCGGACACGACGAAUCUAGCUGAGGCAUUUCCGGCACGGCAACCGAAGUGUACCCACUGGCUAUACUGUAUCUACACGUCUUGCAGAAAGGCAUAAUUUAGCAUAUCUAAUGAAACUUUGAACACGUAGUAAUUAAAAAUGGGCAACCCAUCAGAUCACGUCGAAACUCCGCUCACCGGCGGGUAUCUACUGAUUGUAUUAGCCGAACCCAGGAGUGCUGAACACAAAUUAGCCAUACUGAAAAAACUCACAAAAGGGCUUUCGUGUUGGAAUUAUGAAGAGAGUGGCGUCGACAUAGUUACUGAAUUCAAUGCUAUUGUUAAUCAAAAUAUUGAAGGCGAAGAAGGCAAAAAUGGUGAACAACUUUUUCAAUAUGCUAGUGAUAAUUUAGUGGCGGAAAUUCUUAUUAACCCUCAACACAGUACAUUAGUGCAAUGUGUAAGAAACUUAUUAGCUAGUUUUACUAAGUAUAGAUGUAUCAUACAUGCGGGAUAUUCGUUCACAGAAAAUGGAUCGUGGAUCCUUCAGGACGGUUCGUUUUCUGUCACUGACUUCUUAGAUGCAUAUAAAACAGCUGAAGCUCAGCGCACGAUUAGACUCCAUGAAAAUCAGAUUCGCAUUGAACUUCAUUGUUCUGCAGAUGCUGAUUGGAAUCAAGUUGGCCGAGUUAAGGGCACACGUUUUCUGUUGAACCCACCUGAAAAAAUAGUUGAAAAUGGAUCAAUAGAAUCAAUCGUAAGAUGGCUUUGUGAUAAAAUUGAAGUUGCUGAACUUGAUAUACUACUUGAAGGGUCGCAAGUUGUUGGAAAUAUCAGAUUUAGUAGACCUACCCUAUAUGUGUUUCCUGCUGGUCAAGGCGAUUCCGCUUUAUUUGGUAUUAAUGGAUUCAAUAUGUUAAUUGACGGAGGAGCUGGAAGAAAUUCUUGUUUUUGGGGUUUCGCAAGACAUUUGGACCGAUUAGAUGCAGUUCUAUUAACAAGACUCAACAGUAGUAAUUUGGAGGGAGUUGCAUCAUUUCUAAAACGAAAAACCAUGUCUUCAUUGUAUCCACAAAUAGGACAUUUUUUCUGUAACUUCAAGACAAGAAAACAAAUAUCAUCCCCUGACAUAGAUGCUAAACAAGAUAUUCUUUCAAUUAGCUUAAUUGAUACAGCACAAAGCAUAAUAACUGAUCUUAAGCAAUUACAACUUCGUCCUCAUUUAUGUUAUCGAAAUAUAAAUUUAGAGCCAAUAAAUCUAUAUCAUAAAGUUGGUCAUGGAAAAUUAGAUAUGUAUGUAUUAAAUCCUUCCAAAGAUAGUAAAGAGGUAAAAGACUUUUUGGCAAAAUGGAAUGAAGGCGAUCAAAAAUUAUUUAAUUCUACAAAAGAUUUACAGUUUCCGCUGCCGAACAUUAUAUCCGUUUGUACACUACUAGUAUGGCAACCAGCAAAUCCAAACACUACAAUCACUAGAAUUUUGUUUCCAGGAAGUUGUCCUCAAAAUAAGAUAUUUGAAUCUUUAGAAAGAGUCAGACACCUAGAAUUUUUAAAACAUCCUUCAUGUUCUAUUAAAUCAAUGAGUUCAUCUACAUCGGUAACAGUCAAAUCUCAGACGACUAAGAAGACUGUUCUUGAAAAAAUGAUUCCAGGUGAAACUAAAACCGUUAAGACUAUGGAAAAUUUAGAAGUAUCAACAUCGGCCUCAAAUGCUGUUAUACAAACAGCUAUAAUACCAACAGUGCCCAAAGAAGGAAUUCCAAAGCCAAAGUUUCCCGUUGAAACAGAUAAACCAAAACCAAGCAUAAAAUCAGUUACAAAAGAAACAUCAAACGCAAAACCAAAAAUUGAACAUAAAUAUAGUUCAAUUAGCGCAAAAGUAAAUUCCAACAAGGUUGUCCAAAAAAGUUCAACUACCAAAAAAUCGUUAAAAUUAUCAUCUAAAUCUCCUCCUACUGAUAAAUCAUCACCCACUACUCCAAUUGAAAAUCAAGAAAAAGCGCCUAAACCAUUUAAACAAGUUAUUAAGCCGAAAUCAACAACUACAACUUCAAAAUCUCCUUCAAGCACUCCUACUAAAAGUAAGAAAGAGGAAGCCAAUCGUAAAGUUUUAGUUUCUUCGAGAACAAAUUCAGGCCUAAAGCGAACUCCAAUAACUAAAAAAGAAAUAAAACCAGCUCAACCAAAAAUCACGGAAACUUCUUUAAAAAAAGACCCAAACAUAGUUUAUAAAUCAAGUUUGAUCAGUUGUGACAAAGACAAAAGUGGUGAAGAAGAAGAUAUUUUGAUUGUAGAGAAAGUAGCAAUUACACCAGAAAAAUUAUUAACUCCUGAUGGAAAAAAAAUUAUUGCAAAUGAAUUGGAUGGCAUUUUAACAACAGCUAAAGAUAUUGUAACAAAAGAAAAACUGUCAGACUCUGGAGCUACUACAGCGCCCACUAUGCCGGAAGAUGAAAAAAUCACGGAAUCAAAAAAGGAAAUUGAAGUUAGCGAAUCAGACAAAAAAAUUGAAGAAUUUAAAAAAGCCAAAGAUGCAUUAAAAACACCAGAUGAAGUGGCUGAUUUACCAUUUCACGAAGAAGCAGAUGAACAAAAACCAAAAAUUACUGACAAAGAAAUUGAGUCAGAGAUUGAAACCCAAGAAAUUGUGCAAGUAGAAAACGCCGAAUAUGUACUGGUUUCAUUAGAUUCCUCUCCAGAAGUAUUAAAACGACAAGUGUUGGACACGGUAGGUUUAUUAGAUACCGAACUUGAAGAAGAUUCUGAUAAAGAAGAUGAAUACGCAGAAACAAAACAAAGUUCAAUUCUUCCUGAUAUUGAUGAAAAAACUAAAUUAAUAGAACAUUUACUUGAAUCAUCUAAAGAUUUAUGUGAAAUAACAGACAAAAUUGAUGAACUAAAAAAACAAAAUGAACAUGAGAUCACCAACCACCAAAUUCAUGACCAUUUAGAUAGCUCUAAUCACGAUAAUACUAAAACAUCAAAUAUGUGUACUCAAUCAAAUAAACAAGAAAACCCAACACUUAUUCAAGAAGGAGCAACAUUUGAAUUACAAGAAGAAAAGAGUAUCAAUGAACAACAUUCAAAAAUUGUUUAUGAAAAUAACAAAGAUUUACAUAAAAGUUUUCAUACAGAUGAAUGUAAUGCAGAAAAGCGAGGAAACUCUGAAGAUUUAAAACAAAUUAUGACAACUCAAGAAACAGAUACAGAAUUGAAAAACAUUGAAAAUAAAACUAUUUGCCAAACUACAACAUAUCCUGAAUCACUGAAAACAGACCAAGAUGAAACUAAAAUGUCCACAAGACAAGAACUUGAAACAGUACCGUCAGAUUUAAAUUUACACGAAGAUUCAAACAUAGUUAAUAUACAACAAAAAUCAGAAACUCAAAUAAAUUCUGACACUGAAUGUGAACAUCAAGAAAAAACAACUACUGAUGAAAUAAAAACGAAAGAAAAUAAAAGUUCAAGUAGAUCAAGUUCUAUCUGUGAGGAACAUAAUAGAACAAAUGAGACAAAAUUAUCCACCAAAACAAGUUAUGACGAGCCUUUAGACACACAAGAAAUUCAUAAAAAUACUGAUAAAAGUGGAUCUACUUCACUUUAUCAAGAACAAGACAAAACAAAUAUUACAAUUGAUAAAGAAAAUUCAAAAGCAUCUAACAAAACAGGCUCAGUUUGUGAUGAACCUGUGAAAUCACCAGUUCAUGAAACAAUUACAGCGACACAUGCAGUUACAAGUAGAUCUGGUUCAAUAAUUGAAGAACCAGAAAAUGUAACUGAUAUGCAGAGGUCAAAAGCAUCUAGCAGGGCUAGCUCAGUUUGUGACGAACAUGUGAAAUCUCCAGUUCAUGACACAAUCACAGCAACUAAUGUACUUCUAAGCAGAUCUAGCUCUACAACGGAACACCCAAAAAUUAUUCCAGAUAAUGGCACUGAUAUGCAAAAAUCUAAAGCAUCUAGUAAGGCUAGCUCAGUUUGUGACGAACCUGUAAAAUCUCCAGUUCAUGAAACAAUCACAGCAACACAUGCAGUUACAAGUAGAUCUGGUUCAAUAGCAGGAGAACCAGAAAAUGUAACUGAUAUGCAGAGGUCAAAAGCAUCUAGUAGGGCUAGUUCUGUUUGUGAUGAACCUGUGAGAUCUCCAGUUCAUGACACAAACACAGCAACUAAUGUACUUCUUAGUAGAUCUAGCUCUACAACGGAACACCCAGAAAUUAUUCCAGAUAAUGGCACUGAUAUGCAAAAAUCUAAAGCAUCUAGUAAGGCUAGCUCAGUUUGUGACGAACCUGUAAAAUCUCCAGUUCAUGAAACAAUCACAGCAACACAUGCAGUUACAAGCAGAUCUGGUUCAAUAGUAGGAGAACCAGAAAAUGUAAUUGAUAUGCAGAGGUCUAAAGCAUCUAGUAGGGCUAGCUCUGUUUGUGAUGAACCUGUUAAAUCUCCAGUUCAUGAAACAAUUACAGCGAUACAUGCAGUCACAAGUAGAUCUGGUUCAAUAACACAAGAACCAGGAAAUACGUCUGAUAUGCAAAAAUCUAAAGCAUCUAGUAGGGCUAGCUCAGUUUGUGACGAACCUGUAAAAUCUCCAGUUCAUGAAACAAUCACAGCAACACAUGCAGUUACAAGUAGAUCUGGUUCAAUAGUAGGAGAACCAGAAAAUGUAAAUGAUAUGCAGAGGUCUAAAGCAUCUAGUAAAGCUAGCUCCAUUUGUGAUGAACCUGUAAAAUCUCCAGUUCAUGAAAAGGUUACAGCAACUAAUGUACUUCUAAGUAGAUCUAGCUCUAUAACGGAACACCCAGAAAUUAUUCCAGAUAAUGGCUUGGAUAUGUCAAAAUCUAAAGCAUCUAGUAAGGGCAGCUCAGUUUGUGACGAACCUGUAAAAUCUCCAGUUCAUGAAACAAUCACAGCAACACAUGCAGUUACAAGUAGAUCUGGUUCAAUAGCAGGAGAACUAGAAAAUGUAACUGAUAUGCAGAGGUCCAAAGCAUCUAGUAGGGCUAGCUCUGUUUGUGAUGAACCUGUAAAAUCUCCAGUUCAUGAAACAAUCACAGCAACACAUGCUGUUACAAGUAGAUCUGGUUCAAUAGCAGGAGAACCAGAAAAUGUAACUGAUAUGCAGAGGUCAAAAGCAUCUAGUAGGGCUAGUUCUGUUUGUGAUGAACCUGUGAGAUCUCCAGUUCAUGACACAAACACAGCAACUAAUGUACUUCUUAGUAGAUCUAGCUCUACAACGGAACACCUAGAAAUUAUUCCAGAUAAUGGCACUGAUAUGCAAAAAUCUAAAACAUCUAGUAAGGCUAGCUCCAUUUGUGAUGAACCUGUUAAAUCUCCAGUUCAUGAAACAAUCACAGCAACACAUGCUGUUACAAGUAGAUCUGGUUCAAUAACACAAGAACCAGGAAAUACGUCUGAUAUGCAGAAAUCUAAAGCAUCUAGUAGGGCUAGCUCAAUUUGUGAUGAACCUGUUAAGUCUCCAGUUCAUGAAAUGAUUACAGCUACUCAUGCAGUAACAAGUAGAUCUGGUUCAAUAGCAGGAGAACCAGAAAAUGUAACUGAUAUGCAGAAGUCCAAAGCAUCUAGUAAGGCUAGCUCUAUUUGUGAUGAACCUCUGAAAUCUCCAGUUCAUGAAACGAUUACAGCAACUAUUGCAGUUACAAGUAGAUCUGGUUCAAUAACAGAAGGACCAGAAAAUACGUCUGAUAUGCAAAAAUCUAAGGCGUCUAGUAGGGCUAGUUCAGUUUGUGAUGAACCUGUAAAAUCUCCAGUUCAAGAAACAAUCACAGCAACACAUGCAGUUACAAGUAGAUCUGGUUCAAUAGCAGGAGAACCAGAAAAUGUAAUUGAUAUGCAGAGGUCCAAAGUAUCUAGUAAGGCUAGCUCUAUUUGUGAUGAACCUGUUAAAUCUCCAGUUCAUGAAACGAUUAUAGCUACUCAUGAAGAUACAAUAAGUUCUGGUUUUAGAACAAUAGAACACGGAAGUACUUUAGAAAAUGUUACCGAUAUACAAGAAUCCAAAACAGAAAGUACAGCUAGCUCAGUUUGUGGUUUACCAACUGAAUCUCAUGUUAAUGAUACAGUCAACGCAUUAAGCAGUACAUCCAGUUCUAUCACGCAAGUAUCAGAAAGUAUUCCAGAAAACGACAUUAAUAAGGAAGGAUCUAGUAAAUCUGUCCCUGUUUGUGACGAACCAGUGAAAUCUCCACUUUGUGAAAACAUUAUAUCAGAAGAUGUCAUUACAAAUAUAUCCAGUUCUAUGACACAAGGACCAGAAAAUAUCACAGAUAAUCAGUGUUUAAAAGCGUCCAGUCAAACCAAUUUAAUUAGUGAAGAACCGGUAAACUCGUCGGGGCUAACAUUAAUUAAUACUAAUGAAAGUGAAUCAAAAAGUAUAUCGAGUUCAGUUAAUCAAGAACAAGGUAUUGGACUCUUUUCUAUUGCGGACAAACAACAAAAUAAUUCAUCUAGUAAAGAUCGAUCAAUUUGUGAUGAAAUAUCUACAGUUCAAGAAAAUAUAUCGUCAAAUAUUGCUAAUACAAGUAUAUCCAAUUUAGAAAGUACGUCAAUAAAUAUCCUGGGUGAGCAAGAAUUAAAGACCUUAAGUAAAUCUGUUUGUGAUGAGCUUUUAAAAUCACCUGGUCUUGAAAUCGACACCGAAGAAUGUGUAACAAAAAAUACGUUGAAUACUGAAUUGGAUAAAGUGGAAGUUACUACAUCUAUGAAUGCAGACUAUAAAUGUGAUGUAACUACUAUGUCUCCCAACAAAGAAUUGUAUGAAAUAGAAAAUAAAGUCAUGACUCAAUCGAGAAUUGAUUUUUGUAAUGAAGGAAUGGUGAAUACUUCUAUUGAUGAUCAUCAAGAACCUAAAGUAUUUAACAAUGAGGGUUCUACUCAUAGAGAACCGAUAAAGUACCAGGAAAAAAAUUGUAAUGAAGAUUUAAUUUCCAAUAAAACAAAUUCUAGAGAAGAAUUACUUGAAUCUUUACCUACAAGUAAUAAUUGUUCUACUGUAGAUGAUAUUAUAUCUGAUAAACCUCUUAAAGAACAAAAAUCCAUUUCUACAUUAUUAAUAAGUGAAAAUAGUUCACUUAACCAAGAUACAGAAUGUGCACUUAUAAUUGGCACGAACAAACAUGAUUUUGAAUCAUGUAGUAUAAAAGAUUCGUUUGACCAGGAUAAGAACAAAUCCUCAACAUUUUCGUCAAGUAGUACAAGUUCAAUUUGUCAAGAAAUAGAUACUCAAUCUUCAAAACUUUCUAGUAGAAAAAGUUCUGUUGUUGAUGAAACAAUUGAUAAUCCUUCAAAAUUACAAAUUAUGGAAAAGAGUUCUAGUCUUCAGGAAUCAAAUGUUUAUGAACACAGUAUUGAUGAUAAUUCCAAAAUAUUCAACAAAUCUGGAUCCUUGUGUGAUGAAAUGCUAAACCUGCCAUUUACUAAGGUAACAGAAAACAUAAUUUCAAAUAAAGCAUAUGAACAAGCAGUUUCUUCAGCAACUACCAUCGGAAGUACAGAAUCUAAAAUAAACAAUGAAGUUGAAUCAAUGUGUGAAGAAUCUAUUAAGUCUCAUAAUAAUGAAAUUUGUACAAAAGAAAAUUUAAUUUCAAGUAUCUCAAGUUCAAUUCACCAUGAAACAGAAGAUGAAAAGUGUCAACUACCAAGAAAUAGUUCUGUAUUUGAUGAACCUCAGAAUUUACUGAUUGAUGAUAAUACAAUUAUUUUGUCACCUUCUGACAAUAAAAAUAAGUCUAAUGUAAUUGAAAAAAAACCUGAAGAAUCAAAAUCUUUAGGUAGAAUAGGUUCUUUGUGUGAAGAAAUUGCGAAAUUUUUAACUGAUAACGAUAACAAAACAUCAACUAUUAUUAAGCCUGAAUCACAGUGUAGCUUAAACGAAUCUCUUCCUUUAAAAAGUGAAAAAGAAGAAUUAGAAGUUGAAACUGAAACGUUAUUACAACUUAAUAAAAAUACUGAUACAUUAAACAAGGUUGAAAAAUCUCUACAACUUGACGAUAAAGUUAAAGUUGAUGAAAAACAUGAUAACGUAAAUGAGAAAAAUACAGAUCAUAGUCUUCCUGUUGAAAAUAUCACUGUUUCUAAUAAUAAGUCUCCGAAUAUCUCAACAUUAUUGAUUGAAGAAAAUAAUAAGACUGGUAUAAUGAAUGUUGCUCAAAUAGUAGGGAAAAAUAUCACUGACGAAUCUCUUACUAAGCAUACCGUGAUUACUGAUAAUGAAUCCAAGAAUUUAAAAACUGUCACUCCGACCUCCAAUAUUACUUCAGAAGAAUGUAUUAGUAAAUUAUCAAACGUAUUAAUUGAAGAUGUAGUUAAAACAUCUGAUGAUAAAAAUAGGAUAUGUGAUUCAUCAAUAACAGACAUUUGUAUGAAUCAACCAUUAGGUGUUACUUUGAAUAUUGAAGACUUAGGUGUCACUAAAGACAUAGUGAUGCAAUUAAAAAGAGAUGUACACGAAGCAUUGCACCCAUGUAGUAGUGAUGACGAACGGCCAUUUACUCCACACAGCGAGUCUAGCAUGUCUAGAUCAGCAAUGAAUAUUGAUGAUGACGACGAUGAUAACGAAGACAAUAAAAUUGAAACUGAUGAUGAUAUGCCCGGCUCCCCUAUGUCUACUGGACCAUCACCCGUACAAAUGCAACUCGAUAAUCGACAUGUAGAAAUUAACAUGGAUUUUAAUAAAGCUAUGCAGGAACAUAGGAUUACUAGAGGUGAAGAUUUGACAACUACUGAAGCAAACGGUAACCACGUUACAGAAAUCAAGACAACUAAACAUGAUAAUAUUAACCAAAACCAAGGUACAUCAUCCGAUACGGUUCAGAGUUGGGGUAAACCAUUAGGUCUACCACCAGUUCAAAGCAUUAAUAAUAACGGUUUUGAUCCAAUUCGCGAGUGGGGAAAACCAUUAGGUCUUCCGUCUCCAACACAGCCGAUCCUUGAACUCGCUGAACCUCAAAAUAUGAGUAGUAAGACAACACCCAAAAAGAACGUGAAAAAGAUUAUAGACAACAAACCAAUAAUUAAUGUCAUGGACAAAGAUGCUCAAAAUCGAAUCCGGCGAUCGGAAUCACCGAGUAAACUCAGGAGUCGAUCAUCGAGUCGAAUGUCGAGAAUUAAUCCCAUUUACCUGGAUCUUAUUUAUGUGCCACAUCAUGGAAACUCAAAAUAUGUGUCUGCUGACUUCUUUAAGCGGGUACGAGCGAGAAACUACGUUUUUAGCGGUACAGACCCCAGUAAAGAAGUCUUAAAUGCUUUAAUCGAAGGAAAGCAAGCUUGGGAGGAUCAAGAUUUAGAGGUCACCAUAAUACCAACUUAUGACACUGAUACACUGGGUCAGUGGGUGGCAGAAAAUGAGGAAUUGCUGAACAAGUUGAAGAUCGAUUUAAGUCCAAGUGCCAGCCGAUGCACGAUAAAAUUACAAGAUCAUAACACCAGCUGCUCCGCAUAUAGACUAGAAUUUUAAUUAAAAUUAUUACAGAUAGAUAUUAAUGCGAGUAUUGACAUAGUCUUCGUCCAUCAUAUUAUUAGAAAUAUAUUGUUAAGUGUGAUAACUGAUAAAACUGUCUGUCCAUUUUACUUCUCAAUGAAAUUUAUGGAUGCUUUAUAUUAUUAUUAGUGUAAACAAGUACAACAAGUAAAUUCGCUUCCGUUCUGGAUUUUUUUUGGCAGAGCGUGCGAACAAACAAUGCACACUAAAUUACAAGACUGGACAAUCCAUCCUGGGUAGUUCUACUAUUUUUCUUUCUAUUAUAUAUGAACAAUUAUAAUAAAGUUUAGCUACUUUUUAUUCAUUCACAUUUUGUGUAGUACCAACAUCGGGCGCUUCUAUUUCACUUAAACCAACUUUAUUACUGUUUAAUAAUUACUUUUUUUCAUUCUUCUUAAAAUAUUUACAGUAAGAUACGCAAUGCAUAUGCUUUAAAAGAUUUUAAUUAAAUAUAUGUAUUGUGUAAAGUAAAAGAUAAUGAAACUAGCAGAUAUUUUAUCAUAAAUAGUUUUUACAAAUUCGCUUUGGGAAUUGGAAUUUAAACAUGUCGAAAACGUUAUGUGAUGAACAUUUUUAAUAAUACAUUUCUACGAACUGACUGUACGACAGGGUAAUCGGAGAGACCGUUUAAAAUCGGAUAUCAAAAUUGCUGAAAAACCUAUAUACCUAAUAUGUUUUAGUUAUUUAAUUUUUAAUCCCACAAUUGUUUGACAUUGGACAAAUUAUGAUAGGUGCCUACUAUUUCUAAGAAUCCUUUAUUGAAACUGAUCCAAACAUUGAGUCCAUGUUAAUAUUUUACUAAAAACCUGAUGUAGAUACCUAGGUAUUUAUUCAUCAUAAAUAUUUUAUUCCGAAUUAUUGUUAUUAUAGGCUAAGCCGACUAAUAUGUUUGCCUGUUGUCAUCAUCUAUCAGUAUCUUCCAAUGUUUUAGACUAGUUUGAAAAAUAUAUUAAUUGAAAAGCUUUUUAUGUUCGUCAGAAUUAAUAUUAUUAUUAUUAUUAUUAUUUCACAUCAUAUUUGAUUGUAGAUCAUCGUGGAAAAUAUGAUACUUGUCCAUGCGUAUAUACAUAAGAAUAAUAUUAAUAGGUAGGUACUGCGUUUUGCAUUUCGAUUUCUUCGGGGGUAAAGAUGGAUAAUAAUAUUUGAAUGGCGCACCUUAAUAAAAAAAACCUAUUAACGACAAUAAUAAUAAAUUAUAGUUGAUAAACCACUAUGACUAGUGAUAGACAUUAGUUUGAUUUUGAUUACUGUUCAUCGAGCUUAUGAUUUAUUUUUGGGUACUAUCGUAAAUUAGGAUCGCUAUAUUAUAUUAUUAUAUAAUAAUAAUUUGUACAACUAUAACGCGUCAACGCAAAUUUCUGUCCAAGACACUCCUACUUCGUUACGUCCAAUUCAUCCAUCCUCUUUUCCACACACAGUAACAACAUUUAAACAUAAUUUUACCCCUGUUCUAAUUUGUUUAUUACCGUAUUGUUUAUCAGUGGUCAUGACAUAUUAUAACUUAUAAGUAUUAAAUAUGGUUUGCAUGAAUCUAUGUAUUUCACUGUACGGUGUACGUGUGUAAUAAGCGAAUUAAAUAUUAGACAAUUAUAUUAUCUUUAUUCUCACUAGAUCUUAUCCAACAAGCAUUGUCUACUUAUAUUCGUGGCUUUGUGAUUCGUAUAUAUAAAAAGACAUAAUUUUACACGUAUACCUAUGUAAUAUUUAUUAUCCACAUUCAUAGCUCGUCGACCUACUUCGAAGGCUUGGUAUGAUUAUUAUUUAGGAUUCGUGAAAGAGCUUUUUACGGGUCAUUUUUUAAAUGGUGCUAUGUUCCGUCAAGGAUAAAGUUACUCUGAUGACUUAAGAAAAAACGUGAUUUAUGUAUUUUAGUUUUUAAAUAUGUUAGUAUCAUUAUACAUUAAUCUUUUAUACGGAUAGUUAAUUGUAUUGAAUAAUCAUAACAAUAUAAUAUUAAUUCAUUGAAGUGUGUUUUACAGAUGAACUCGUCGCAUUAGGUUUAUUACUGUGUAGUUUAAGAUUAUAGAUUAUUUUUUAAUUGUAUUUUAUACUUUUAUCUUUAGUGAAUUAAAAAAAAAGUUAUUAUUGUUUAAAAAAAUUACGCAGUCUGCACGAUCUUCUAACAUAAUACCUAUACGAAUCGAUUUUUGCAUUUGCAUAUUAAAAACAAUAUUUUGUUGUGUUAUUUAAUAAGUCUAAUUUAUCUGUUAUAACAUAUUAUAAUAUAUACCUACCGUAUAUUACUUAGCUAUUUACAAGUUUAUAUAAAUGUUAUCUAAGCGUUAAUACAAGUGGAGUACACAAUUAAAACAAAAUACUUGAUUACAUUUGCAAGUAGAUACAUAAAUAGCUUGUGAUAAUACAGAAUUUUGUUUUACAUUUUAAUUCAACAUAUGGUUUUAUUUCUUUAAGGUUAAUUUUUUUUCUUAUAUUAUAUUAUGUAAAAUUUAUCAAUGCUAUUAAAAGAAAAUGCUAUGUUGUUCUUAUAUCGGCCUACAGAUUUUUUUCUUUUUUUACUAAUUUAUUAUUAUAUACCAUUUGUAUUAUCAUUAUUAAUAUAUUAUUAUUAUUAAUUUUAUUCGCGUUUAAAUAUAAAUUACUUACUUAACCUUCCAGCUCUUAAAAAUCGCAAAUGAUAAUAUUGUAUAAGGGUAGUUUGUUAGAAUCUGUAAUUUGAUAAUUAAAUGUUUGAUUUUAGAACUAAA